CAGACAGCAACGCGACGCGCAACGGUACUCUGCUGGCAGUUAUGGAAAUAAAAAUAAAAAAAGUUAAAGUAGGAAGAAAAAAGUGAAAAAAGAAAUAAAUUUUUAAAGUCCACUUCUUAUUAUUUGUGCAGCAGCUUAUUGUUACUCGCCUAAAGAGGUGUUGAAUUGCGUUGGUGGCGCGCUGGAAAAGGGCUCAACGCGGUACCGUUAAUUUCGUGUGCGCCCCUGCGUAUGUAUCGGAAUGUGGCUGUGGAAAAAUGCAAAUUAUGCACAGAAAUUCCCAGUGUAAUCAAGUGCUGAAGAAAAGUGCUCCGCCAAAGUGAAGGCCUGUGUGCGGUGGCCAGGAGGAAUGCAUGCAGUAAAGCAGAAUCAAAUAAAAUAAAGUCAAAUAUAUAUGCAUGUCAAAUUACUCGCUGUAAAAAGUGCAUUUAAUCCAUAAGUAAUUCAAUUAAAAGGAAAUUGCAUAAUUUUGUUGGUGAAAAUGUUGCAGCCACUUUAAGCCGCAGCGCCAAGAAACGAGCUGUCUCCGUGACGUCAAUUGAUCAACUAACUAACAGUCGCUCAACUCCCAACCCAUAGCCAAAAAAUAAUGUAUCGUUAUCAUUGUGAGUGCACAACGAAUCAUCGAUAGCAUGACCCGUGACGGAGAGAUACCCGCCAUUUUCAACCCGAAACGGGUGCGUACACCAUCCGUUGUCGUAACCGGUGACUCUCCGAAUGGUCCAUAUGGUGGGUUUAGUAAUGCGCUCAACGCCAGCAAUCCACAAAUUGCCCACCAAGACUCUAUAUCAUCGAGUCAACAGGAUCCCAGUGAGGUUAUAACAAUACAUCCGGAUGCACGUGAUGCGUCGACGCCGAUCGGCACACAUCCAGCUUUGCGACGUGGACUCGGUGCUGGCGGUGGUAGUUUCGUAAGUAGUUGCGGUGUAAGUGGUAUUGUCGGUGUGGGACCCGGUGGCGCUGGUGGUGGUACAAAUGAACCGGAUACACCUACUUUGGAGGCGGGACCAGAUGGCACAGAAGUGCGGUUUCGUCGUUUAAAAGCAUGCAAGGAGUCGUGUUGCUCCGAACUGGCGCGGAAGAUGUACUUUGGUGUUUGUGUCACCAUACUCGUUACCGCGUCGUGGGUCGGCGCUACGCAUUGCAUAAAAUUCCUCUACUUGAAUCGCAGCACCUAUGCCAGUAUUACCGCAGAUGACUUCGAUAGUACAUCAAAUCGCGCCAUCGAUCUGGAUUUGGUCACAAAUAUGGAUGACGAUGAUCCGAGAAAUAUUUUGGGCAUAAGUGACAACGCAUUGAGCGUCGAUGAUGUGGAGGAUGUUACAAAGUUGUUCCAUGUCGCACAGCCAAUUUCGCCAGAGUCGACAGUAUUUCGUGCGCCCUUCUUCGCCGCUUGGUUCUUCACAAAUUUUUCAUUCUUCUUCUUUCCCAUCUACAUUCUGGGACGUGUAUCGUUGCGCAAAUGUGACAAGCCAGGCGAGAUCUUGGGCGAUGUGUUGCGCGGUUUUCGCGAUCGAGGUUUUACCAUCGGUCGCUUCCUCAACCGCUGCCUCUCUUUCUGCAUCCUUUGGCUGGUGACCACCUAUCUGUACACCAUGUCCCUGCGCGUACUCUUCGCCACCGAUGCCAUGGCGCUGUUUGCGACCAAUGUCGCUUGUGUUUACCUGCUGUCGUGGGUCAUUCUACACGAACAGUUUGUGGGCGUGCGGAUUGUUGCGGUUAUUCUGUGCGACACGGGCAUUGCGCUGCUGGCCUACAUGGACGGCAUUACUGAGAGUCGCACGCUGAGCGGUGUUGUGCUGGCAACACUGGGCGCUGCCGGUUAUGCAGUAUUCAGGGUUAUGUUCCGCAAAGUUAUGGGCGAUCCGCCGAUUGGUCAAAUUGCCUUUGCUUUCACCACUCUCGGGUUUCUGAAUGCGUUGCUGUUGUGGCCUGUCUGCGUGGGCCUAUAUUUGGCGGGCUAUGAGAGCAUGCCGCCGGAUCGUAUGCCAUGGAUUAUUUUAUUAAUCGCCAGUAUUUUAUUAUUGGUUUUCCACAUACUAAUGCAAUUCAGCGCAGCCGUCACUUAUAAUAUGUUUGUUACGCUGGGUUUGAUAACAGCAGUGCCAGUUUCAGGAGCUCUGGACGUUGUACUGUACGGCGCCACAUUCGCCGGCAUGAAAUUGGCUGGUGUCAUAUUAAUCGCGGUUGGCUUUUUCCUAGUCAUGUUCCCCGAAAACUGGCCGGACUACAUAACGCGCUUGCUAAGAAAGAGUGGUCGUGCUAUACUGCGUUACCAAUGUUGUUGUGAAUUAGCUGAAAUUCAUUAUCCCCAUGCGAAAUAUCAUCUUGUUGGGUCACAACGCGAGAUGGGGUCGAGGUCCUCGCCACGGAUCGUUAGCCGGUCAGCAUCCCACCAUUAUCGAUUAUCGGACGGGAUACAUAAGGUCCCAUCUUCGGUCACCAUCUGGCCGUGUGAGAUGACUGAUAUGUCGCCGACUGGAUUCCUACUCAAUCAACAGCAAACACAACAACAACAACAUCCAGCACACCAACAACAUUAUGCCGGCUACUCAACAUCAUCGGGCGCACACUCGAGCAGCCACAGCCACAGCAGCAGCUCAACGACACGUGCGCCACCGAUUGGCAGUGGUGGUGGCGGCGUUGGCGGUCGUCUAUUCCCCUACUUCGGUGGUGAACACGAACGAGAGCGUAAAAAAUCCGAAACGUCAUUCUUCAAUUUGGGCUUUCGCCGCAAAUCGACUGUGGUCUACUACGCUUCCACUGAUUAAGGGGCUGUGCACAGCAUAAGCGUUGCAGUUCAGGCACUACGACGACGCCGUGACUUGUUGACACACAAUCAUAGAAAGUAAGGUUAGGUGGCGCUUGUGCAGUGUUGCUGAGCAAAUCAUGAAUUUAAAUUACGAAAAUGAGGUUUGAAUUUUAAAAACGAAAUACGAGUAUAAGAAUUUAUGCAAUUAACAGCAAAAAAAAACAGAAAAACAAAAAUUUUAAAAUGCAUAUUAGUUAAUAAAUGUGUAUGUUGAAUAAUUAUUAAAAAUAAUGCAUUAUUUUAGAGUAAUCCAUGUAAUCAGUAAACACUCAAGAGCGCAUAGAAAAAUGUUGAGACGAAUUAGUGCUGCGGUCUAAAUAUGAAUACUUAUAAUGUAAUUAAUCACAAAACAUCACCUUUGAGGUGGACUUACACACAUACAACAAUAAGAAAUUGCACGUGCACACAUACAUACGUAGAUGCAUAUUUGUGGCCACAAGACACGAGGCGAAACUAGAAAAAUAUAUUUUUAUGAAAAAAUUGCAAUUUUUUUUUACUUGUUUCACUAAAAUUUCAAAAUAAAAAAUUAAAUUAUUUUUUUAAAUAAUUUCCAAAUAAUUUUUCGAAAAAAGAAAGUUUAACUGUAGCGCCUUGAGACCACAGUUAUGCAUAAAAAACUAAAAAAAAAAACAUUAAAAACAAAUAAAAACAAUUCGAAAUUGAUUCUGCUCAAUUGAAAAUCUCGUAGAGAAAAAACAACAAUAAAUUAUAAUUACUAAACAGUUUUAAAACACUUGCAUAUGCCAUUGUAUAGCAGUUCUUACUAAUGUUUUAAUUGUGACAAAUGUAUUCAUUUAAAAACUUUUAAUGAAAAAUAUGGCUAUAAGAUAUUUAAUAAAACAAAAAUAUAAUUAUAACACAGUUGAUAUUUCUAUGCGUUGGAAAAAUAAAAAAAAACUGAAAUUUUUACUGAGAACUAUCUAAAAGCCAUUAUGAAUGCCGACUCCAAAAGAGAGCGCAUAAAGUGACGAGAAGACGAAAUGUGACACGAAAAUUGUUAAAAAAAAACUCGCAACAGAGAUCACCUAACGAUAGUCGAUAUCAAACCUCAAAAAUUUUUUUUUUUACCCAAAAUAAAUGCAAGAUUCGAAUUAAAUAGAUUUAUAAUGUAGCAACUCCCACGGUGGUUUGAAACGGCCUCAAAUCUUAUAGGAUCCGACUUUCUUAGAAGUUAUAAACCAAAUUUUUGAACUAAAUGUGUUAGAAUUAUAUUUUUGACUGUAUUCACCUAAGUAAGUAGGCAGAGUGGCUGUCUGAUGAUGAACCUAGGCCUUUAGCAGGCUCAUUGUGAUACCAUUCGGACUAACAUUCUCUCAAUCUACUGGCUCCUCUCUAAACCACGCCAUGCUUCUGUUGAAGUUUAUAAGUAUGAAAAGUUUUAUCUACGCAAUUUCCGAGAUGUCGACAAGAAAGCCGCUACUAAAUGUGGCUAUUAUUUUCCUAUGUACAAUAUUCCUUGCAAUCGCAUAGAAGAUGUUUUACAGUCUCCUCUUCUUCUACUUCCUGACAGCUACUACAAUAGUCGUUUUAUGGCGUUCCCAAUAAGGUUUAUCGUUAAAUAAAAUGUUAGAUCCACUAAAAAUCAAGUUCUUCAUGCAAAUCCGUAGGCAGUUUUCAACCAAUCUUAUGUUGUCAGGUAUUUUAAGGAGCCUAAAAAAAUGCAAGAUAUUGAUUUUGUCGCACUUUAUCUUGAUUUCAGCUUUCACCUGGCCUGUUUUAAGCCAUUCACUUAUCUAUAAAUUCUAUUACUUGUCUCCACCAACUUUCAGUUUCAUAAAUAGGAAUAUUUCAAAAUCUGGGGCCCAAUUAUUCAAAACGAUGUAACAGACAGUUGUCGGAAUAGUAACUAUUAUACUGCUGAAAAACUUAACCAAAAAAUAGACCACUUUAGAACUGAUUUUUUUAAUUGUAGACCUGCCCAAGCUGAUAUAGAGGUCACGCUCGUAAAAGAUCAAAAACACUAGAAGGCAAAAUAUAAUUAGUAAAAUAAUAAAUAUUAAAAUAUAUGUAUAUCGACCACUUUGAUAUGUAUUUUUCAUUUCAAAAACAAUUAUGAUUUUCCACGAAAAGUUAAUCACAAAAGUGUGCGA